AUGGAUAUGGGAGAUAUGCACAUGAAUGAUGCGAGCUUAGGCAUGGACUACAAUUAUGCCUUUGCUCGUGAUUAUUGGUAUAUUAUUGCCGGCGUGGUAGGCGGACUGACUACGAUUCGAGGCGUGGAACUGUACACAAGCAGACAAAGGUUACAAGCUUGUGAAGAAACAUCGAUAGAGCAUGCCACAAGGCCAAGCGGCUUUAUUGGCCAGGCAUGGGCUACCUCAACAGCCAUCGUCCGCGAACUGAGCCAUCCGCAGGUCUACAUCUCGAAAGUUGGCCUCCGAUGGGCCACACCUCCACCGCUCGGCAGAGUCUUAGUUCUCCUAAGUUACUGGGCCAUGAUCAUUUACUUCAUGUCCUGGAACGCUGUCAAGGACGAUGCCUAUUUCUGGGAACGCAUCGGCUACCGAAACGCCUGGGUCAGCAUCAUGCAGCUACCCUUCAUAUUUCUCCUGUCCAUGAAGUUCAAUGUGAUCGGGUUUCUGAUUGGAAGCAGCCACGAACGGCUCAACUGGCUGCACCGCUGGGUGGCAAGAACCAUGUUUAUCACGGCAACAGUUCACGGCUGGCAUUUUUGGACAGAAUGGGUACGAGCGGACUUUGUCGAGCUUGAACUCUCCAUAAUGCCCCUUGUCAAAUACGGGCUUGGAGCAUGGGGAGUUUUGCUCUUCAACGUGGUAGUAGGAUUUGUACCCAUCCGCAGAAUGGUGUACGAAGUCUGGCUGAUACAGCAUAUACUCUCCUCCGUCACCAUGCUGGUGUUAUUAAGCUACCAUAUCCCUACCAACGCAAUGCACCUGCUGUGGAUGUCAGUGUCAUUUCUCGCCUUUGACAGAGCCGCACGAUGGGCAUUGACGGCUUGGCAAAAUACCCGAUGGAAACCAAACAAGUCUACUUGCCAGGGCAUGAGGCGCAUAGGACAUAACAUCUCUGCCAGAGCUGUUGGAGACUCGGUAACAGUCCUGACGAUAAAGGAUGUUCAUUUCAAAUGGCACGCCGGGCAACACAUCUACCUUUGGGUUCCUCGACUGGGCUGGAUCGAGUCACAUCCAUAUACCAUUGCAUGUGCCCAUCAAAUAAAGGGAACAUGCUGCUGCAACAGCAUACAACUCAUUAUUCGAGCCCAUAAGGGCUUCUCCAAGCGUCUCCACGAGUUCGCUAUCAAAAAUCCAACCAAGAACCUGGCUGGUUUCGUACUAGGUCCAUUUGGAGUUACGACUAAAUGGAAUUCCUUCGAGACUCUAGUUUUAAUCGGAGCCUCAACCGGAGCAAGCUUUACUGUGCCGAUUCUAGAGCAUGUCGCCUACGCAGAAAAGAAAUCCUGCGUGCGAAGAUUAGAAGUUGCUCUAGUGGCGAGAACGACAGAAGAAGUCGAAUAUUACGUGGAAAGAGCCAAGGACGCCGCAAGAGCUGCUCAGGAAAAGGGGAUAGAGGUAAAAUUGCAUAUCGCAAUCACGGGUAGCUGCGUGGGAACAGAGUCGGGAAUGCCACUUGUCCAAAAUCGACAGGGGAGAGAAAGCGACUCAACAGAUGGAUCAACCCAAGAAAAGACGGCGGAUUUGUACUCGGGGAAAUCGGUCGAAGAGGGACUACGAUCGAGAAGCAGCAACUCAUACUCGAGGGCAUCCCGAAACAGCGCUUCCAGCAUCGACUUGGUGCGCGAGUAUACUAGUCGGCCAGAUAUUGAGGCGUUGAUCCGCGAGCCUGUUGAGCAAGCGUGGGGCGAAAGCGCCGUCGUUGUCUGUGGAGGAAAAGAGAUUGUGGCGAGAACGAGAAACUUCGUCAGCAAGUUGAGCGACGAGCGGGCAGUGCACAAGGGAACUGGCGCACAGGGGAUAUAUUUGCAUGUUGAAGAGUACGCAUUUUAA